CAGUAGAGGUAGAAGAAGACGAAGCUUCCCGCGGGAGAUCACAGUCAGCGGAGCUAACAGCGAACCAACUUGCUGAAGCUAUUAGAGACAUUGUUAUUUUACUUUUCCAACAUGGAAACAACGCGCGAAAAAAACACAGAAGAACCCCCAUCCACUGUGGGAGCUGAACACGAUGAAGAUGAAUAUGAAGAAUCAGGAGCAGAGAGUGAAGAGUGGAUUAAUAAAGAGGAGGAAAGUGACGACUCUGACGAGCACUCCCCUGCUGACAAUGACAACACCAUGGAGACGAAUGACGCUGUACCUAGUUCUGGGUGGACAUCCAAGAGUGGGCUGGAAUGGUCUCCAACUGAUGCAGACACCAUGCGCUACAUUGCUCCGCCCAUCAAAGCCACCGGACCUACACGUUAUGCCAUUGACAGGAUCACUAACCUGGAAGAUAGUUUUGAGCUCAUGGUAACGCCUGAAAUUGUCAAACACAUCACGGAAAUGACGAACCUCCAUGGCAGACGCACUGUGAAGAAUUGGACGGACACCGACACUACUGAGAUUAAAGCCUACAUCGGGCUGUUGAUCUUGGCCGGCGUCUACAGGUCUAGAAAUGAGUCGACAGUCAACCUCUGGAGGGACGGCACCGGGCGGCCCAUCUUUACCGCGACCAUGGCGCGCAAGAGAUUUUCACAGCUCUCCACCGUCAUCCGUUUUGAUGACAAGCAAACCCGGCAGGCACGUUUAGUCCGCCAGCCGGACAAGCUGGUGGCGAUUCGGGUGAUUUGGGAUAAAUGGCUGCGUCAACUUGAGAGUGUUUUCAUCCCAGACCGGGAAAUUACCAUAGAUGAAAAGGUGAUCCUAUUCAGAGGCCGGUGUCCUUUCCAGCAGGCCAUGCUCAAAAAGCCAUUCAGAUCCGGCCUAAAGAUUUGGGUACUGUGUGAUGCCCAGACCUCAUUUGCAUGCCGUAUGCAAAUACAUACAGGGAAGACACCAGAUGGUGCUCCUAAAACCAGCCAGGGCAAACGGGUCGUCCUGGAACUCACUGAGGGGAUGAAAGGAAAUACGGUGACUUGCAACAGCUUUUAUACAUCGUACAGCCUGGCAGAGGACCUCCUGCGGAGGAAGAUCACGCUUGUUGGUCACAUCCACAAUAGCAAGCCUGAGCUUCCCCCAGCUCUGCUGCAGAUGAGGAGAAGGGUUAUAAACUCCGCCGUCUUUGCUUUCCGCAAGAAAGCAACCUUGGUGUCGUACAUCGGGAUGCCUAGGAAAAAUAUCAUCCUACUCAGCACCAAGCAUCGGAAGCCUGAAGUGACCAGCGGGAAGAGUCGCAAGCCCCAGAUGGUGCUGGAUUACAACCGCUGGAAGAAAGGCGUGGACGUCCUGAAUCAGCUGGUGGCCACCUACUCGUGUAGGCAAAGGACAUGCCGUUGGCCGAUGGCCCUUUUCCACCACGUCAUUGACGUGUCUGCCGUCAAUGCAUCAAUCCUGUGGACAGCGGCGCAGCCCAACUGGAAGCAGGGCAACCCGACCCGUCGGCGGCUCUUCUUGGAGGAGCUGGGGAGGGCACUGACCUUUCCACUGAUGGCCACAAGGCAGCGCCUUCCCCACCAGCCAGGUGCUGCUGCCAUGGUGACACAAGCCCAGGACCUUGCCCCUGUCACUCCCUUGUGCAAAUCACUCAAGGACCCAAGGAGGCAGUGCAAAUACUGCCCAGUCAAAAAAAGGAGGAUGGUCACAACCAUCUGCCAAAAGUGUGAUAAUUACACUUGCAAAGAACACACCACAGUCAUUUGUAACACGUGUGCCCCUUCUGUCUGGUCUAGACUCUCUCACACACACACACACACUGCCUCUGUUCCUGUCUGUUCUAAAUGAAUGUUGUUGAAUAAAUAUUGGUUUUCUUGUCCAAAGUAAA